AUGUCAUCAGAGGAGCAUGGAUCAGGUCAAAACUUUCAACCUGUGGCCGUGGCGUCCAAAAGAAUCCCGACUGAAAAAGGCGAUGUAAACCAGCAUGUGGUCAAAACCAUAAACAGCAGCACAGACACCAGUACAACUGCUAAGAACUUGGCUUUGCUCAAAAAGCACUCACUGGAUGUGAAGUUUGAUGUGGGCGAGGAGUAUGAUGUCAUUGAAACCAUUGGCACCGGUGCCUAUGGCGUCGUGUCAUCUGCGAGGAGACGAGAUAAUGGCCAGCAGGUGGCGAUAAAGAAGAUCUCCAAUGCCUUUGAAGUGGUGACAAAUGCCAAGCGCACCUUGAGGGAGCUGAAAAUUCUCAAACAUUUCAAACAUGAUAACAUCAUAGCUAUUAAAGACAUCUUGCAGCCUAACCUUCCUCACUCAGCCUUCAAAUCUGUGUAUGUGGUGCUAGAUCUCAUGGAGAGUGACUUGCACCAAAUCAUCCACUCAGCUCAAGCGCUCACACCGGAGCACACUCGCUACUUCCUCUACCAACUCCUCCGUGGCCUUAAGUACGUGCACUCUGCUAACGUCAUCCACCGAGAUCUCAAGCCCUCCAACUUGCUGGUGAACGAGAACUGCGAGCUAAAAAUCGGCGACUUCGGCAUGGCUCGGGGUCUGAGUUCCCACCCGGAGGAAUCGCACUCCUUCAUGACUGAAUACGUGGCGACGCGAUGGUAUCGAGCUCCCGAACUACUCCUGUCCCUAAAUCACUACACCUUGGCAAUUGACAUGUGGUCGGUGGGGUGCAUCUUUGCUGAAAUGUUGGGACGAAAGCAACUUUUUCCCGGCAAGCACUACGUCCACCAGCUCCAGCUGAUUUUGUCAGUGUUGGGCACCCCACCCAAGGGCUUAAUUGGUGCUAUUAGAGCAGACAGGGUGCGCUCGUACGUUCAGAAUCUUCCGUCCCAAUCUCCUGUGCCCUUAGCCAAGCUGUACCCUCAAGUUGAGCCAGGGGCUUUGGACCUGCUCGCGUCCAUGCUCCGCUUUGACCCACGAGAGCGAAUUGGUGUGACUCAGGCGCUAGAACAUCCGUACCUGGCCAAGUAUCACGAUCCCGACGAUGAGCCUAUCUGCGUGCCGGCUUUCGACUUUGAAUUUGACAAGCUUCCAAUGAGCAAGGAGCAAAUCAAAGAGGAAAUUUUGAUGGAGAUCCAAGACUUUCAUAAGAACAAGCAGUGCUCCCGUCAGAGGCUGCAGUUUAGGCCAUUGGUGAGGGCAAACGGCAGUGGAGGAGGAACUACGACACAAAGCGGUCAGCGCAUCGCUCAGGUAUCCUCAACCAGCGAGUUCAAUGGCGAUCCUGGUAAACAGAACCAACCGGCCUCACAAACAAUAGACUCAGAGUCCGUAGUGAACCAGAUGUUCACAAAUCAAAUGGACGCAUGUGGCAAAGAUGCCCUCAAUUUACCAUGCCUCAAAAAAAGUGAAAGCGAUCCGGUCGAUGUGGACAUGCCCAGCGCCAACUCAGACAGCGGACAGCCGGAGACCAUCGAUUUAACAACACCCAUCUCGAUUCAGGAAAUGGAACCAAUGAGGGAGAACGAAAGUCAGCCGCAGCUCAGCGAGAACCAGAACCGGCCUACUUCUGUGACACCUUUAACUAGUACGGUGCCAUCUCUGUCGCUCUCAGCUGCACAAGCUCAGUCACUGUCCCACAGCCUCUCACAGUCACUGGCAACAAACCAGAGGCCUCCUCAAGGUACCUCAGAAGCACCCAGGAAAGAAGGAGCGAUCUCGGAAGACACCAAAGCUGCUCUAAAAGCAGCUUUAUUCCGAAAUAAAGCAAGAGGCGAUGGUGGCGUGUCCGCACUGAGCACAGAAGCGUCCGCAGGAGGUGGAGGAGGAACAUCGUCUGCUCUUUCCAAUCCAGAGUCGCGGCGGCCCGUCACGGCUCAGGAGCGCCAGCGAGAGCGUGAGGAGAAGAGAAGGAAGAGGCAGGAACGAGCCAGGGAGAGGGAGAAGAAACUGAAGGAGAAGGAGAGGCGAGAAGGAAGGCGUGGGGACUCGUUGGGCGGCGUUUUGCUCAGUGACAAUGACAAGAGCCUUUUGCAGCGCUGGACUAAAAUGAUGGACAGUCGCAAUGACAAAUCUCACACACGUAAUAGUGAGGGAGCAAAGAAUAGAGUUUUAAAUGUGAUUGCUGUUGGGGAAAACACUCAAAGAGCAUCCAACAAAAAACUGGAAAGGGAAACAAAGUUUCCGUCACACGAGCAGCUAAACCCUCAAGUCCGAGCCAGUCAGUCCGGUUUGCUGCAGCCUCCCAGCAAAAACCAGCAAUCAAUUUUCUCAAUGAGCCAGAAGAAACCAGCAGAUAUUGUCCUUGCUGUAAGUGGCUGUGUGGACGUAAUGGCUGUCUCUGGCAGUUUUGUUAAGAACAACACGCUCAAACCUCACAACGAGAGCGAUGGGUUCAACUGCUUCGGUAAUUGGAGCGGACAGCAAUUAGAAAGCAGGCCCUCACAACAUGUAAAAUUGCAAAGGACACCGCCACAGCAGAACUUUCAGGCCUUAGCAGACUCUCAAACUCAGCUGCUCCCAGUGGAGACUCUUUUAACUAAAGGGCCGACAGCACCCAGCACCAGCGAAGCCAACGGGGAUGUCGGCGGUCGCGAUCACCUCAACCGUCAUGUCACGCCCUCGGCCGCCAGCACUGCGCCCGUGGAGAAACAGUGUUCCUCCGUUGGGGAAAAAUCAGGGGCCCCCGGCGGGACUUUGUCAGUCCCCACGCAGGCUCAUCCCAGUUUAGCUUUCACAGACACAGGACAGCAAGGACCCUCCAUCACCCCCGACAUCCACACAGUAACACUACAGCUCUCUAAGUCUCAGGUUGAGGACGUAUUGCCCCCAGUGUUUUCAGUUACCCCGAAAGGCAGCGGGGCAGGCUACGGUGUUGGCUUCGACCUGGACGAUCUUCUCACGCAAUCACUUACAGAGCUGCAACACUGUGACCGAGACAGUUAUGACUCGGCUCCUCUCUCUGCCUCGCUCUUAUCUGAUUGGAGCGAGGUUCACCGAAUGACUCCGGCCGACCUGGAAUCGCUGCAGCAAGAGCUACAAUUGGGCUCUCCCAUGAUCCUUUCUGAUUCCAUCCCACCGGAUGCCUGA